CGUCUUCAGUUCUCACCAAGGAUCGCUGUCCACGACACAUAUCACGCUAAUGAGUAUGAUCGUCGCGGGGACAUUGCUACAUGCAAUCGGCUCACACCACUCCUGGCUCAACGCAUCAAGGAAGAACUCAACUCCUUCAAAAUGGAUGAGAUGGCGGUGGCACAAGACAGUCGCAUC